UUUCUCUGGAAACGUCACUCGCUGAAGGCUGGGUUGGAUUAGCCCCAUGAAAUCGACCCUCCGCCCAGUGGAAGGACUGGUCACAAGCAAGGGAGAGCCAAAGGAAAGAGAAGUGCGCUCGUGCGCCGUCUUUCCCAAGCAGUUGGAAUCGCUGUUUUCGGCCGUCGAUUGUUGAUUUCGAUUCGCCGGAGCUCAAAGGUCGCGCUUCAUGUGGUUCAGUCUCUUCCCUACCUCGGUGUCCUAUUUUGUCGCUGGCUUUCUUCAUCCUCGUUGUGGUGGCGGCCUCGCAUUUUGCACGUCCAGCUUUGUCGCCAUGGCCGAGUAGAUGAAACGAUUCUCUUGGCAGCAUUAAGCUUUUGCAGCAUGUGACCGAGGUUCGUUGGACUCGCCUCCAGCUUUUCCCAACAGAGAGAGAGACGCAGGGAAACAACACGACAGCCUAGUGUUGGAUUGCGUUGCCGAUUGAUGCGUUGAAGUCCGGAGGGUGCUCUUUCUGCGUUGCUUCGUCGGCGAAUUUUAGUAUUUUAUUUAGUACUUUUUGGGUGAGCUGAUCUUGUGUUGCCUUUUUGGCGUUGCCGGGCAUUGCGUUCUGUUGGCGAGUGCGUCUAUUGCCUCGUUCGGACUUCUCGGAUUCGCUGGACUUUGGAGAGGUUGUCGUUGUGCGCCAGUGUGCGCUGUGAGGGUAGUGCUUCAUUUCUGCUUUCGGGUGUUUUUGUGAAGAUUCAGAGGUUCGGGAAGUAUAUGAUGGCACUGCACCGUCAUGUUAAGGUGCAUAGUGACGUUUAGGAGGCCCAUUGGCGAUGAAUAUAUUUAGCAUUGGCUCAACUAGGAGUUUUUUUUGUAAGAUCUUUUUUGCUUAGCUGGUCGGGGGGGGGGGCUUUGCGGUUUUUCAGUGACUGAAUCUGACAGGGAGGCAAUAUGUAGUGAAAUUUAACUUUGUUAUUGGCGAAUGAAUGGAAGGAUAGUUGCUGCUUUGAUCUUCCGCUGACAAUGUAUGCAGCAAAUUGUGCCUCCAGGCAGGGGUUACAGGUGCGGAGUGCCGAAAUUCAAGUGUUUCAUGAUUCACGCUCGGUCAAGUCAGACUUUUGUUCUCUUUGAGUCCAUUGAGCUCUGGCCUUCCACGAACAAUUAUCAGUGGCUCCCAUUUGUUAUAAACUGAAGGAAGUGGCUGCUAGCCAAGACAUCCUGGAAUUCGUUCUCUUUGAGUUUGUUUCUGGUUAUGAGGAGCAUGAAGAUGAGAACAUGAUUACGGGAACUAUGCAACACGUUCCUAGAGUUACAAAAGUUCGCCAGGUGUCUCUUGGAGGUGCCAGUGCAAGAGAGCUAACUCGAGAUGAGUUGCUGGGACGGGUGGCCCAACAGAGAGCAGUUCGAUCUUUUGGCAAGCAAGCUACUGCCUCAGCGCUACUUAUUCAGAGGGUAUGGAGGGGUCGAACCAUUGCAAGGCAGGCUGCCGCUCAAGCCCGCACCGAUUGGGACAAGCAGUUUUUUCUACGACAUGGUGAAUAUCAAAAUCCGAUUUCCGCUGAUGCAAUCUCUAAUCAAAUGCUGCGUCCACUCUUCAUGUUUCUUAGACAUUCAAGCUGCUUCGAUCUACAUCAGACACAAGAAGGUGCUGAAGAUGCGGGUCGUCUCGCGACAUGUUUUCGAGUACUCUUGCAAAGCAUCCACAAUCCAGACAUGCGGUACAACUACUGCGACUUAUCUGUUGGAUUUCCGGACAAAAUGUCGAAAUGGAUCUACCAAGCUCGACAACUUCUGAGGCUUGCUUGUGCGGCUUUAGGAAAAAAGGGACAUGAAUUCGAACCGAAAGCGUCGGACAAUAAUCACAUUACACUGGAAGCCUCCAAUUUGGCAGGAUUAGCUAUACGAGUUAUCAUUGGAUUAACGGACAGUGGUACAUGGAAGUGCUUUGAUGAGCCAGGGCAGGAAUUCAGGAAAAGGAAGGCCCAUCUUGUUGUUUUAGGUCUGUUGGAGUGGCUGGCUAGUGGAAGCGGUGGUCUCUACUUGGCUGUCCAGUCAUAUAUAUUGGCAAAUUUUCCUGUUCCAGGCAUAAAGGAUGACCAUGCCCGUUCCCGUGGAAAGAAAGACAAAUUUAUAAUUACGGCGAGCAUAAUCACUAUCACUUUGAGGCCCCUGCUGGUACUAUCCGCAGAGUGUAGUAGAGACAGAGACGAUGAGAAGACUUUUGAAGAUAAGGACUAUACAACUGCAUCAAACAGAGCAGCUGCACAGUUUUCCGCGCACAUUCUCACUAUUCCUUUUCUACCUCAACGUUUACCUCAGCCGUUGUUGCCAGCAUUGCAACAUCCCUCAGCUUUAUCUCCAUGCCUCCGUUGUUUUGGGGUGCCCAUCAGAAACAUGAUUCAAGCAGCUACAACUUCCUCUGCUUUACCCUCACUUUCCUCUCAGCAAGGAAAGGUUGAUUGCAAAUUAGCUGGUGUGCCACUCUCUGCUUGGGCUCUCUCCAAUCUCGUGUGCCUUUCUUCCCAUACUGUGAAUGACAAUGCUCGGUUUGUAAAUGGCUUGAUAUGUCAAGAAUAUGUGCAAGCCUUGUGCUGCCUCAUAGAGGACUUGAAUCCAUGGGUUGAAUCUACUCGAAAGCGUAAAAUGGCUGAGAAGAGUGCAAAUGAAGAGGAAGACGACAGGGAUGUUGAAGAUAACAAGAUUAUUAGAAUCAGGAAUGAGACUUCGAAAACACGUGAGACAAUCAUUUUCCAGUUACUUGUUGAGAGCUUAAGACCCCUGCAUCAGCAAUGGCACCUUCUUCAGCUCAUGAACGAAGCCGCAUUAAAUGAUUCUGCUCCCAUGGUAUUUUUAGUUGCCAAACGAUUACCCAAGGGUGAUACAGAUAAGCUUUUUAGUCAAUCAGAUGUUGCACGUUUAUAUUCCAAUUUGCUGCCAGCUUUUUCAGUCCUGAACCCCUUUGGAGGGGCAUUACCAAUUCUUAACCUUCUUGCCUUCACUCCUGGAAUACUUCCCCAGCUUUGGGAUUGGCUCCAAACCUCGCCAGGUCUUGCCCACCUUUUGAACUUAGAUUACUUUCAAGGAGAACCGAGUAUUGAACGAUGUGUUGAAACCCAACUGAGUAAAACCCAGAAAGAAUUAUAUAAUUCUAAGAAGAGAAGUACAGGCGGUCGAUUGGCUGCUGCUUUGGGGUGGAAAAGCAGGUCAAAAUCGGCUUGUUUUGCUGGUAGUAAUAACUCUUUCAUUGUAGAUAACCGCUCUUCAGGUAGGGCUCCUGAAAGACAGGAAUUUUUACCUGGGAGAUCGUCCAUUGGAGGAGUUUCGUUAACAAGAACAUUUGAACAAUCUGGUAUUUUGCCACCAAGGAGGUCUGUCGAUCGAGUAAGGCGCACUCCGCGGCGCUCCCCUGUUGGGCGACCAAAUUCAGAUACUCCAAGACCGUCAGUCGACCAGCUGGUUCCCACAUUUAGGGAUGAGCGUCUUUGGAGAUCUGAUGUUAUUAGUGAUCGUCCUGACACAAUCAGAUUUUUGGAGUCACCUCGGGUGUUGACAAGGCAGGGUGCGAGUGUAGACAGACGAGCUGUAUAUUUAUGAGUUCUGUAAAUUAUUUAUGUUAUUUGGUCGACUUACAGGGACACGGAGGCAGAAGUUGACGUGCCAUAUCGGAUGGCGGAAAUGGACUUUUCUAAGAAAGGUCCAGAUGGUGUGCCGGAGGACGUCUUACCUGUUCUUUUGCUGUUUUGCGCAGCGUAUUCCCAUCUGCUUCUUGUUCUUGAUGAUGAAGAAUUCUAUGAACACCAGGAGCCGUUCACGUUGGAUCAACAGAGAGUUAUUUCAACUAUGCUUAAUACUAUGGUGUACUGCGGGUUUUUGUCUACUUUUAAACGAAGAAACUCUCGUCUUAUGAAUGUAGCAAUCAAGUGUUUGAGGUCAUUAUACGAAAGAGAUUGCCGGCAUAGCUUCUGCCCUCCAGGCUUUUGGCUAGGUCCAGCUAAGACCAUGCGUCCUCCUACAGUUGCUGCAGCUCGAUCAUAUGAAGUUGCACUUGCUCUGGAGAGGUCCGGUGAUUCAUCGCAGGCACCAGCCCUAGGGAUUAUCCUGAGAACAAUUCCUCACGUAAUUCCAUUUGAAGAAAGGGUACAAAUAUUUCGUGAGUUUGUGCGAAGUGAUAAGUUGCUGAAGAUGGGAGGAGAUGCUGUUGGUUCAGGUCCAGGAACAAUCGAAGUAACUGUGCGACGGGACCAUAUUGUUGAGGAUGGGUUUGCUCAAUUGAAUGGUUUGGGAUCGAAGUUGAAGUCCUGUGUGAAUGUUUCUUUUGUUAACGAGCUGGGCCUCAAAGAGGCUGGUCUGGAUUAUGGUGGGUUGUUCAAAGAGUUCCUCAUCGACCUCGCCAAAGCAGCUUUUGAUCCCGGAUAUGGUCUUUUUUUUCAAACAGCCACAGAAGAGGGGUAUCUUUUUCCUCACGCUGCUGCUGGAAGUCUGGGCCAUGGAUUACGAAUGUUGGAGUUUCUAGGACGCAUUGUGGGGAAAGCUUUGUAUGAGGGAAUUCUAUUGGAGUACUCCUUCUCACCACUUUUCAUCUCGAAGCUUCUGGGUCGGUAUAGUUUUCUUGACGAGCUGUCUAGUCUAGACGCAGAGCUACACCGAAACCUUGUUUACCUCAAACAUUAUGGGGGAGAUGCUCGAGACCUAGCCCUGGACUUUACUGUAACAGAAGAACUUUUUGGUAAGCAUUAUACUGUGGAGUUACGACCGGGUGGUGCAGAUAUGGUAGUGACAAAUGAAAACAAACUGCAGUACGUUCAUGCCAUGGCCGAUUAUAAGCUCAACCGGCAGAUGAGACCUUUGGUAACUGCAUUUGCAAGGGGCAUGGCGGACAUUGUUGAUCCACAAUGGCUUGGUCUUUUCAAUGCCAAAGAAUUCAACCAGCUGCUGUCAGGUGGUGACCAUGAUUUUGACGUGGAUGACUUACGCGUUCACACUCGUUACACUGGUGGCUACACUGAGAGUAGUCGAGCUGUUAAGCUAUUCUGGGAGGUGGUCCGAGAGCUUACAGAAGAGGAAAGAUGUGCCCUUUUGAAAUUCGUCACCAGCUGUUCUAGAGCACCCAUUCUGGGAUUUAAGCAUCUCCAACCUGCCUUCACUAUACACAGGGUAGAAUGUGAGGCAUCAAUGUGGGCCGUCAUUGGUGGGCAAGAUGUAGAUCGUUUACCAUCUGCUUCUACUUGCUACAACACCUUGAAGCUCCCAACUUACAAGAGGGCACCCACUUUGAGGGAGAAAUUGCGGUAUGCCAUCAAAUCAAACACAGGCUUUGAACUCUCUUGAUUUCGUUGCAUUGGUGGAGGACUCAUGGGGCUGGUAAUUUUCUCAUUCGUGUACAAUUGGAAGGUAGAUAGCAGAACACAGUCAAAUGAUGUAUUGUGCCUUUUGACGCUCACACUUCGAUGUACAGAAUUUGUUGCUUGUCUGUGUUUCUACUUAGGUAUGCAUGAUACAGCAUUUGCUUGUGUCAUAAGAACCUUCCCAUUUUAGCCUUCGAAGGGCAGUGUGAAGCAAUACCAUACGAUGCUGAGGAUAAAUUCUUAGAGCAUUCUUCCAGAGAAGGUAGAUAGUUAUUUAGCUUGACCUGAUGGGGAAGGGUCAGUGUGGUCCAAAUAGCUUAGAUUCUGUAGCAUUGCAAUCUUCAUCUUUUUCAAGUUAAAAGGUCGAUAGCAAAGGAAAAAAACAGAAACCUAAUGGAAAACAACUAUCAUUCUUUACAUAUUGAAUGAUUGUAGAAAUUAGAAGAAGUUGUGUAAUGUUUUGGAAAUAAUCUAUGUGUUAUAAUUCCAA